UGUCACGCGUAUGACGUUAGUUCGUGUGAUCAUUGGACCAAACCAGCGUUAAUAACACGCAAAUUGUUGUGUUUGUAGGGUCUGUUCCUGCUCAAAUUACGUAAUUAAGGUGUUAGUGUAGUGCGGAGGCGAUGGGAAACCACCACAGCCAUGAUACAAAGGGCGGGGGAGAUCAAUCAGGUAGUGGAACUAGCACGCCGCGAGGUUCCCAACGAGGUGCUGGCUCUCGUUCCGGUUCUGGUGGUGACUUGCAAGGCCUAGCGGAGGCUAAGGAGAAGCCUCCGCCGUCUAUGGUGCCGGUGGAGAAGCUCGGCAAGUUACUAGUCCAGAGGUCACAAAAAGAAGAUGGAGUCAACGGAGUCACAGAGAACUCUUUCACAAAAUACCUAUUCCCGAUGUACCCGGAGCUGGCCCGCCAGUUCUUCAAGUACAUCCACCGCGUGGGCAAAUGCAAAAACAAGCACAUCCCACUGUCCACAUUCCGGCAGCAGUGCGAGAAGAUACUCGCCAUGCUGGACGACGCCAUGAUCAUCGAAACUUACGUCAGGAUGUUCGCUGCAGAGACGGACGAGAACAUGGUGACCCCAGACGGGCUGCGCAGUCUGCUCUACACCAGCUACAAGCUCUCCAUGGACCACUACCCUGAGGGGCCGCAGACUUGUCUCAUGAUCAACAAAACGUUAUCAGUGGUCGUGAACGGCUGCUUCAACAAGAAGGACAUGCACAGCGUCGGCUUCGUAGUGCGCUGGCUGGAGGAGCACUGUCACAGACUUAUAUUCCCAGUGCAUAGGUACUGCGUGCACAUGCUGGCGACGCGGCACCGCGACAUAGCGUCGUGCGUGGAGCCGAGCGGGUCGGGGUCGGGGCUGGAGCUGGCGACGCCGGUGCUGGAGCGCGGCGCGUGGCAGGCGGCCAGCGCGCUGCUGCCGCUGUCGGGCGCCUGGCUGCUGGCCGGCACGGCGCCGCCGCUCUACUCGCGGCCCUCGCAGCCGCCGCCGCAGCCCGCGCACGGCGGCGGCCUGGCGUCAGCAGCGUGGUUGGCUCGGCUAGUAUGCGCGGUGCCGUCUCACUGGGCGCAGCUGUACGCGUCCCGCGACCACGGCCUGGGCGCCAACCGGUUCCUGCACCAUACACUCGCCUACAGGGGCCCUACGAUAGUGUUGGUGUCUGGCGGCGAGCUGGUGGUGGCGCUGUGCGCGGCGCAGGAGUGGCGCGAGACGCACCAGUACUGGGGCGGGGGGGACUGCGCGCUACUGCAGAUACAGCCCACGUUUUCAGUAGUAGAGAAGGGUCCGAAGAUGUUGUACCUGAACACUGCGAUCCGUGGCUACCCGAAGGGUCUCCGCGCGGGCUCCGACCCUCGCAAGCCAUUGCUUAUUAUACCGGAGGACUUCGACUCCGUCACCUUCAAGGGAGUGCCGUAUCCUCUCGAGGCUAUUGAGGUAUGGGGUUGCGGCGACCAGACAUCCCGCGAGGUACAGCUGGAGAUCAAGAAGUGGCAGGUCAAGGAGGCGGAGAGGCAACGAUGUGUGAAGUUGUCCGCGGCGGACUGGAUGGAGCAUCCCGACCGCUACCUGCUGGAGCUGGCCGGCCGGCCGCAGUACAACAACUCGGCCAGCUAGGACAACGUACUGGAGCUGGCCGGCCGGCCGCAGUACAACAACUCGGCCAGCUAGGACCUGGCGGAGCGAGCCUACGAUGUCUCUCAGUUAGUUUGGACAAGGUGCGACUCAAAUGUAAGGUUUUGUUAGUGCUGGUUUUGGUCGCGUUUUGUACCUAAGAGUAAUUUAACUCGCGCAAAGUAGUAGUAAAUACCUCAUUGUGUAUUCUUUUAUCUUAGCACUUUCGGAAAUUAAAGUAGAUUUGCAAUGACAAGUCUCGUCAAUCUAUGGUCAUUGCGAAUUUUCUUUAUUGUUUCUAAGUUCUAGAAACAGUUUGUUUCAUGGUCUGAACCAGCACUUAUAAGGUCUUACGCUUAUCCUGUCACACGUUGAAUCAUCUCAACAUGUAAUUUAUUCGGUUCGUGUUCUUAUGUAUGUCGCUGACAUACAAUUAUGUUUGUUCGCUCUGUCUUAUCUGAUUGUUAAGAAAACGAGUGUUUCUAUGUUUGUAUAGUUUUAUUGACGACUAGUUUGCACCGACAUAAACUAAUUGUCCAACAUAUGGGUCAUAGACACAGAGCCUAUGGACUAACAACAUGUUUUAUCUAUCUAAUGACUGUCAAUAAUCCAGAUAAAUCCAGUUAUUCUGGAUUGAGAUCAGUUUUUAUUUUGGAUCGUUAGUCUCUUUCUUAUGUUAUGAUCCUCGUACUUGAAGAAGAACUGAGAAUUUAGCGAUAUCUUCGACGGUUUACUGUAUUUAAUGUAUCACAAGUACGCUUACACACUUCAACUCGUAAACAAAGUAAAUUAAAUAAGAAAACAACGUAUUUUUUACAAACAAUGGUUUAUAUUUAUAAUAUAGUAUACAUUCAGUGAUAUUAUAAGGUCUGAACUAAUGAUAAUUACUAGAGAAAGCCAAUGAUUGUUGUUGAUUUAAGUGUCAAAGUUAUAAUGAAAUGUCUUACAAUGCUCGCUUAUAACACACGUGAUUGGGGCGUAUGACAAAUUUAAGUGAAAAGCGUCUUUUAACCGACUUCACAAAAAAAUGUUCUGUGCUCUUGAUUUUUAUAAUCCCGGCUUUUCGCCCACUAGGUACGGGGCUACCGUUAUAUUUCUCAUCAGAUAGCGCAAAUGUUGGAAGACUUUUUUGUCCAAUCACAACAGCUGUCAAAUAUUAAACGUCCAAUGGUGUGAGACUAGCUCAUUCCCCAUUGGAUGAAUAACGAGAAGCACACUAGCGCCAUCUAGUGAGCAAGAAUACGGUAGGCCCCAUUGCACUCACCAAGUAGAUUGUGUACCAAGUAAAGCGUUGUAAGACAUCGUAAGUAUGUGUGCUUCCCAUUGGUCGGCCUUUUGUAGUACAUUUGUAGAGUUAUAACUUUGAAACAGCGUGUAAUAUCAGUGUAAUAAAUAUAUAUCAUUAAAUGUAAUUAGAACUAUGUACGCAUCGUACACGUAUGUAUGUCAUACGAUUUGUGAAUUUGAAUAAUGUUAAUGCCUGUCAAGUAGGCGAAACUAUAGUAAUAUUUGUAACAUUAGAAUAUUUACUAUUAUUGUUACAUAUCUAACACUAUUUAAAUUAAAUUAAACUUAAUGUAUGAAUUCAACUGCAAUUACAGAUCUGGAUCUGGCAUAACCGUCCGCCAUUUUGAAAAAUCAAUAUUGCCAGUGAUAAUAAUAUUUUAUCUACUUACUGAAAUGUAAAAUCUAUAGGUAUACAAGUAUACCUAUAGUUAUCUAUGUGAUUAGAGAUAUAAUCUAUAUCUCAAUAUUUCAAUCAAAUUAUAACACGCAUAGUGUAUUACGAUAUCUGUAUUCUAUUUACGAAUACAAACUCAGUACAUAGUGCCAGUUUGUUUAACGUUACCGCCAUUGACACGUUUAUGACAUUCAGCGCUCUGAUUGGCCUGUUCCAAUUGAGCAACCAAUUAGAAGACUAAAUGCAUUAACGUUACGAUCGCGUUAACGUAAAACCAACUCGCACUAAAUACUUGGUUCAUUGUGUUUACUGUUUACUAAUUCAUUAAGUACUUAUAUUAUUUCGUACUUAAAGAUGUGUUUCUCCUUUGUAAAAUAUUUAUUUCAUCAUGUUUUGAUGAAGUUUCUUCUCUCACAAAAAGUUGUUGAUAAAAUAUUGUUGAGGACUAGCAUAAUUAGUCAGUGUAUUCAAAAAUACACACGGAUAUGUAAUAAUCCUAAAAUCUUGUUAUAAUCGUUGCGACGUAAGCACUCUUAGUAACUAGGCUGAAUGAUCGUGAUACCUAAACUAUGGCUACACAUUGUAAGCCCUAAUUCGUUAGUGUUGCCAGUUAUGUGAAAUAUGUAAUGACAUGACAUGUGGUAAGAUUGUACUUGCCAGUAAUAUUUAUUGCAGUUUUUAUGCAUACAAAAUGUAUAAUAUAAAUAGUAAAAAGUGGGUGUUACAUUGUACAGCGGCAUUAAGUGUCGUUAUGUGGUCAUCUGCCUACCCCUUCGGGGAUAAAAGGCGUGAUGUUACGUUAUGUCGAAAUAUAUAAGAAGUUAGGGCAAAUAUGUUUGUGUGUGAAGCCACAUGAUUAAUGUAAGGUUUAAGUUGAUAUUUAUAAUUGUGUGGGUAUCUCAGACUUAGGUCAACAUGUUUAAUUGGUCAAUUCAACAAUACACAGAGUGGUCGGUCCUAUCAAAUAUUUGUUCAGAUUGUAAGUAGACAACUAUUUUAUCACCAAAGUAUAACUUACGUCACGUAAGAAGCAUUUUACUAGAACGAGCUUCGAGUUUAUAAACGUUCCUAUCAUAAGCCAUAAACGCGAGUCACUUAGGGAGUUAGUAACACUCGUUAACGGUGUUAUAUUUUAUUUUAUAUUUUAUAAAUGGACCAAAAUGUUUUAAUAAUAUUGCACUAGACUAAGCGGAUUGUUUUUGUAGAUAAAUAAGUUUUAUUUACGUAAUUGUCUACGAUCUCAAACUUUUGGCGGGAUUAUUUUUUCGACAUUUUUUUUGUCUAUAUCCAACCAAAUCCAAGUUUAUGGUUAGACGUGACUUUCUUUGGAGAGAAAUUCCGUCGUUCAUAAAUUUAUUGAUAUUAUUUGAGAUCGCUAGUAAGAUAUUUGUGUUCAGUUUAACGAGAGUUGUAGUGGAUUGUUUGUUAGUAAGACAUCACAAGCAUCAGCUUGACGUAACACUGCACAGUCAUUAACAUGCGCUUCGUAACAUUGUAUUCUAGGUGCUAAAUGAAUGCUUUUGUUGAUAAGGAUUUUGUGUAUUAUACAUGUAAAUUGUAAUAAUAAAUCAAAUAUU